UCUCCACGUGACAGCAGCGCUGAGCUUAUAUAGUAAAAGCGGCCCAAGCAUCAGCACCACUAAGCUUCAGCUCCUCAUCAGCGCAGCUCCGGAGCCUGUAGGUGCUGACCAGACGGAGAAAGCCACACAGCGACCUCACACACGCCUUCACCAUCACUAAUUAGCUUCAGGUGUUCGACAUAACUGUGUUUUCUUUUCUCUCUCUCUUUUUUUUUUUUUCGCGGAGGACCAAACCCGAGGCGCUUUUUUUUUUUCUCCUCUCAACCCGCGGAGCAGCACGUGAAGCGCUGGAGAGUGUGUGUGCGCGCGCGGGCGCGUGUGUGUGCGCGCGCUGCUUCCGAGUGCAGAGUGUGUGAUGAGCUGUGAAUAACGGAUCCACGGCGGGGUUUGGAGUGAGAAACUUUUUCCCGGCGACAGGGAUGCUCAGUGCCCUAGCUCCACUUUGGUCUUCUGAAGGAACUUGAUAUUAGUUGUUUUUGUUUGUUUUUUUCUUCAGCCGGACCGGACUCUUUUCUCCCCCCUUUCUUUCUUUCUUUCUUUCUUUAUCUCCGUCUCUCUUUUUCGCAGGUAGUCUUAUGUCAUAUUGCGUGUGAGAGCGCGCGCGCGCGAGUGUGUGUGUGAGAUAAAGAGUGUGUGUGCGUGUGUGUGUGUGUGUGUCUUAGCUUAUACUGAAGGUAUACCCGUUUUGCUGAACAUGUCGGAUGGCGAUCUGCGCUGCGUUACGCCAGCACGCUCCCACCAGAUACCGUUGAUGUAUUCUAAUCCGCGUUGUGUGCGCUAAAUGAUUGUUUUGUUGAUGAAUAACGGUUCUUCAUCCUCCGCUAUAGGCUGUCCUUAUAUCCGCUCACCGUCUUGCACUGCCUUAUACACUAGAAUCUCAUUAGAAGCUCAUCUUUCCAUACGGUACGGGAGUGUUCUUCUUCUUAGCCUAUGAUUAACCCCCGUGCGUGCGCUUUUUAAAUACGUUUUAUUAUUAAUAUUCAUUAAAAAAAAAAAAAAAAAAAAAAAAUGACAUUAGUCGCUGAUGAUAAACUCUUCCCCGUCUGAUGAGCGACACGCUGAAGUAUGGACUUCUAAACUUCCCAGUCUCCUCUAGGAACAAUCUGUAAGGCAAUAUUAAAAGCUUCAACACGGACAUUGAGGACAGUGGACGGAAAAGACAGGGGGAAAAACGAAAAACACCCCCCCACUUCAGACACGUUUGGCACUUCUGACUGAGAGGAGAGAACGCACAGCCGCCCAGAUGCAGUUUCGACUCUUCUCCUUUGCUUUGAUCGUGUUGAACUGCAUGGACUACAGCUACUGUCAGACGCAGGCGCAUCGCUGGAGAAGGAACAAAAGAGCUAGCUAUGUUUACCCAAUCUGCAAAGGCUGCUCAGUUUGUUCGAAGGACAAUGGGUGUAUGACGUGCCAGCCCAAGCUCUUCCUUUUCCUGAGGAGGGAGAGGAUGAGGCAGUACGGCGAGUGUCUCCACGUCUGCCCCUCUGGCUACUACGGCACCCGUGGGCCGGAGAUCAACAUGUGCUCAAGAUGUAGGAUAGAGAACUGUGAGACCUGUUUCAGCAAAGAGCAUUGUACGAAGUGCAAGCCUGGUUUUUACUUGCACAAAACCCGCUGCUAUGAGAAGUGUCCAGAGGGCUUUGCUCCACUGGAUGACAGCAUGGAGUGUGGAGAGGGCUGUGAGGUGGGCCAGUGGAGCGAGUGGGGGACGUGCACCAGGAGAAACAAAACAUGUGGCUUCAAGUGGGGAUUGGAGACUCGCACAAGACAUAUUGUGAAGAAACCGCCAAGGGACACGAUACCUUGCCCGACGAUUGCUGAGUCCAGGAGGUGCAAAAUGCCUAUGCGACACUGCAGGAAAGGGGGAUCGGGGAAGCACAAGCCCAAAGAUCAGAAGAAGAAGUCCAACAAGCAGAGGCUGCGCUUCCGAGCUCAGAACCACCACAGUGACCACCUGGCCUCGUUGAGGGCCAGCCAGUAAAGACUGAGAUUUCCACAUGGAACGAAGAUCAGAAAGCUGCUACCCGCUGCUCAACACACACUCAUACAUGCACACACACACACACACACGCACACACACACACACACACACAGCACACACACACAUACACACACACACACACACACACACACACACACACACAAACACAAUUGCAGUUCCUCACAGUCUCUUAAGCUGUACACACACAUUCACACAUGCGCUGUGUAUUUGUACCUCCUGCUGCUUCCGUCGUGCCGGUGCCCCAAUGCGUGACCCUUCUCGACAUCAUCAAGCCGUACAGCAGCUGUCGGUACCCAGUCUGAGCUGGAAGAUGAGGAAAACAGAGCUGAAUGAGGACUGAAGGAGUCAUGGACUAUAAGAUUGGAGGAUGAGCAACGAGCAAGCGAGAGAGAGAGAGAGCGGGAGGAGAAUAGAUAGAAGGAGGGUGGAUGGAGAGAAUAAUGUCUUGAGAAGAAAGACUUGUCUAUAUUUAUGUAAAAUGAUGUGCGCAUUGAUGGAGGCAGAGUGCGCCAUGUAAUGCCUUUUUUCGGUUGGCUCUGUACAUUUUUCGAGAGUAAUCCAGUAUAAUGUGUAGUUGCAAAGUAUUUUAUUCUCGGCACAAGAUGUUUACGUCCAGACUGCUUUAUGCUCUAACUGUAUAUUGUGGAUAAUAAAAAAAAUUUAGUUGUUCACCUAGCAUGGCCACAAGCUCAUGUGUACAUAUUUGGUGAGUUUAUCUAAUGAUAUUAUUAAAAUAAAACAUUACUGUAUUUUCAGUAUUGAACUCCUUCACCAUUAAUUGUGUUAGUAAAAGGUUAUAAUACCAGCUACAGAUUUAAGAUUAAAAAAAAAAAAAGUAAAUAAAACAUAGCCUUCACAUAGCUAUUACAUUUAUAUGGUAUAUAUUUGAUUUAUUUAUUGAUUUUGAUUUUGUAUUUCUUGUGUUUGUUGACAGUUUUGUCUCUGUAUCUGUUACUACUCUGUGCUGAAAUAUUCUUUGAACACUUAUAACAAUACAGAUAUCUCCACCAGUGGAACCAGUUUCUGUCAGAUGUGUCUAAUAACUGUUCUUUAGAAGAACUUUCCAUGCUUUAAGCUUUAAACUGACCCAUAAUAGAGCAGCUGAAAUAUUACAGGCAAUGGAAUGUAUAUAUGAUGUUCUAUUAAAAAUGUAAUUCAUGCCA